AUGCGAGAUGUGCUACUCCAACGUGUUUCUCUUUCUUCUCGUGAUUUUGGCGGCAAUAUGGUUCUUGAACCUGUACCUCUUCGCACUGCUGAAGUCCCGGGGAUUUCACUUCAACCGAACAACGCUACACGAGGGAUUGUACCUGAGCCACCCGGACAUCCCGCCGAUGGCGAUAACCAUGUACUUGUACCUCACCGCGAUUCUGGUGCUGCUUUGGGGGGCAGGUGCUGAUAUUUGAUUCGAUUUUUUUUUAUCUCAUUUUUCAAUUUCAUGCCUGAAGAUGGAGAAGAAAUGCGUGCUUCUGUGCGUGUAGUUUGUCUAGAAAAUCCAUCCUAAUGAACACAAUAAAUCAUGUUAUUGGAAGUAUACUGCUGUCAUCGCGAUGAACUGGACAUUCGCAUUCGCACAACUUUUCAGGUAUUUACAUUUUCUUCAAAAGCACAACGCAAUGCAUGCGCGGCGGCGCCAGAUUCGCGAGACCAAGGAGUAUGCCCUUGAUGAUCGUGCUUGGAUUAUCAGAGGUCUUUGUACCUGUGUCGCUACUCUUGUUGAGGAGAUGAAAAAAAAAACACUAACGAGGAGGUGA